CCUCGCCAUGGCUUCCCCUCGCGUAGCGCAUCAGUCGCGUGCACUGCUGCUGCGCUUCCUCUCGCGGCCCACUGCUGCCUCCUCUUCAUCCGCCUCUGCGUCCGCGUCUGCGUCUGCGGAGCAGUCGCUCAAUCCUUUCCUGCCGCACAAGAGCGCUGCCUCGGGCCGAUGGACUCCUCCCCUCUACUCUGCCCGCCGUCAGGCCAUGCUUGCUCGCGCAGCUCUGAUUGCAGGCGGUGGCGGCGCAUCCGGCAUGCUCGAGAGCCUGCCGCCUUCCAAGAAGGUGCAGAAGCUGCAGGAGCGCCUCACGGCCCUCUCCCUCGACGCCGACGCCGCGGCGCCGUCUUCCGCGGCGCCGAGUGCGCCUGAGUCGCAGGCGGCCAUCCGGGCACGUGCGCUGGCGCAUGCGCAGGCCAAGGGACCGUACAAGGGCAGACCGGUGAAGCGCCUCUUCAAGGGAAAGACCGACGAGCGCAAGCGCCCCAUGCGCGCAAAGGAGACGCAGCGGAAACUGGAGGGCAUGGACAAGGAGAUCGGCGAGUGGCGCAAGUCAAUCAAGGACGCUAAGAAGAAGACUAGACCUUCGCUGCCUUUCUGAGGCGUUGGAAAACGCGGGAAACGCGAGAAGGGGGCAGGGCGAGGGGAGAGGAGGAGGGAUGAUGGAUGGCACUGGCAAUGCGCUGCGGCCAGACGUGGCGAGGGUGUGGGACUGUAGAGGGGAGGGCAAGAGAGAAGAAGGGCAAGGUGGGUCAUGCUGAAGCUUUCAUCGAGAGCGGGAGCCCUAGAGAGAUUGCGCUGCUAGCUAGAAGGGCCUUCAAUGAGAGCUUCAUGUCAGCCCUGUCGUGCUCGUUGUCUCGAGUGAAGCUCGCAGUCGUCUCGCGCCCUGAUUCCAUGCGUAGCUCCCGCCAUCACUCUGCAGGCCUGCUCGCUCCACGGCAGCCUCACGCAGCGUGA